AUGGCCCUCGUGGGCGCUGUCUACGCUGCCCCCUACGGUGGCGGCUACGGCGCCUCCAGCAGCGGCGGCUACGCUGUGCCUUCCUCUUCCGGAUACGGUGCCUCUCCCUCCGUGAGCAAGCCCUACGAGGCAUCCAGCACUCCUUGCGAAGAAGAGAGCAGCAGCAUGCCUCCGGUUGUGACCUCUUCGACUUACGUCCCACCUGUCGUCACCUCCAGCUACCCGGUUCAUGAGUCUUCAAGCGUCCCCCAUGUCUCCUCCAGCACGCCUUGCCCGGAGUCAAGCACCCCUGUUGUGCCAUCCUCCACCUACACUCCCCCCGUUAAGACGUCGACCUACACUCCUCCGGUUGUGACUUCGACCUACACGCCGCCAGUCGUUACGUCCACUUCCAUCUACACCCCACCCGCGAGUUCCAGCACCCCGUGCCCGGAGUCAAGCACACCUGUUGUGCCAUCCUCCACCUACACUCCCCCCGUUAAGACGUCAAUCUACACUCCCCCAGUCGUUACGUCGACCUACACUCCUCCGGUUGUGACUUCGACCUACACUCCCCCGGUCGUUACGUCCACCUCCAUCUACGUACCACCCGUGAGCUCCAGCUCUCCCUGCCCGGAGACUGAGACCAUCACCGUGCCGUUCUCGAGCUCCAAGCCCUACGUGCCAUACUCGAGCUCUAAGCCUUACGUGCCAGAGGUCUCCAGCACCACUGAGGUCACCAUCACCUCGACUGUUGUCAUUCCUCCCAGCUCCACUCCUUACGUACCCGAGGCUUCCACCUACCCAGUCGUCCCUCCCGUCAUCACGGAGUCUGUGCCCAUCCCAGCGGUUUCCACCUACCCUGUGGUCCCUCCCGUCGUCACCUCAUCCGUGCCCGUCCCUCCCGUUAUCACCGAGUCUUUCCCCAUCCCUGAGACUUCCACUCCCGUCGUCCCCGAGGCGUCUUCGUCCGGAUACGCCCCUCCCCCUCCUGUUAUCACUGAGUCUGUCCCCAUCCCGGAGACUUCCACUCCCGUCGUCCCCGAGGCGUCUUCCUCCGGAUACGCCCCUCCUCCUCCUGCUGAGGAGACUACCACUGUCGUUGUUCCCCCUGCCUCCUCCCACGCCUCCACACCCGUCGGUACCGCCUCAUCAUCCAUUUACCACGCCUCGUCCGCUACCUCCCCUGGCUACCCCGAGUACACUGGCGCUGCUAGCUCCACCAAGCCCCUCGCUGCCUUCAUGGCCGGUGCUGCCGCUCUCGCUUACUUCGUCUGA